CAAAACCCAUCACACCAUCUCUCCAAGAACACACAGUUCUCACUUCUCACUCUCUCUUCAGUUACUCUCAAUAAUCUCAAUAUUCGAAAAUUAAGAAACAACAAUAGCAGUAAACAACUUAAAAUUUCGCCCUUUUGCCCUUUUAUUGAUCCAAACUGCUGCUAACAUGUCGAAGGGAAACCUGACUCUGCUGAUCCUUGCAGCGUUUGCGGUGGUGGGCUGCGUGAGCUCGUCCAGAUUUGAUGAGCUUUUUCAGCCUGGCUGGGCUACGGACCACCUUACCUACGAAGGGGAGGUUUUAAGGAUGAAGCUCGACAAUUACUCUGGCGCUGGGUUUUCGUCGAAGAGCAAGUAUAUGUUUGGGAAAGUCAGUGUUCAGAUCAAGCUAGUGGAAGGUGACUCUGCUGGCACUGUCACGGCCUUCUAUAUGUCAUCCGACGGUCCGUAUCACAACGAGUUCGAUUUCGAGUUCCUGGGGAACACCACAGGGGAACCUUACCUCGUCCAGACCAAUGUGUUUGUCAAUGGAGUAGGCAACAGAGAACAGAGGCUCAAGCUCUGGUUCGAUCCCACCAAGGAUUUCCACUCCUAUUCCCUUCUAUGGAACCAGCGCCAAGUAGUAUUCUUGGUCGACGAGACGCCCGUCCGAGUCCACUCGAACUUGGAGCACAAGGGCAUACCAUACCCAAAGGACCAAGCCAUGGGCAUCUACAGCUCUAUUUGGAAUGCCGACGAUUGGGCCACACAAGGUGGGCUUAUCAAGACCAAUUGGGCCCAUGCCCCUUUCGUGGCCUCGUACAAGGGCUUUGAGAUCGACGGCUGUGAGUGUCCAGAUUCUGUUGCUGCUGCUGACAAUGUCAAACGGUGCAGUGGCGGUGGGACCCGCAGGUUCUGGUGGGACGAGCCGAUUAUGUCUGAGCUGAGCCUGCACCAGAGCCACCAGCUGAUGUGGGUUCGGGCGAACCAUAUGAUUUAUGAUUACUGCUCGGACAAGACUAGGUUCCCGAUAGCCCCAGUUGAGUGUGAGCACCAUCGUCACUAAGGGAUUUUUCGACAUGAGCUUCAUUUUGUAAAAAAAAAUAAAAAAAAAAAAAUGGGUGGGUUUUGUUUGACAUGAGCUCCAUGUUUUCAUGUUAUGUGUUUGUUUUCUUCUUCAUCUUUGAUUUUCUGCGAUGUAUUUCAGUACUUAAUCCAUCUGCCUGCUGCACCACUUGUGAUAUAUACCAUUCGAUUUGUUUUUAAAUGGAGCUUUUGUUUAUUGUGUUCACUUUUUUUGUUUUGAGAAUUUGAGAGUUUUUGGUACAAUUAUUGUGGGUUUUUUGUGGUGGCCCUUCUUGAGAGAAUGGGGUUGGCAAAGUUGGGA